UGAAGCGUCUAGAUACAAGGAAACUGCAAGCAGCCAUCCUUGUUGAAUUUAGUUAGCUUACGCAUUUUCCUUUCUCGGCGAAUUAUAAUUUCUGAUUUAAUUGUAAAACUGUUUUAUUGAAAGAAUACUUUGCAAAAGCAUUAAAUAACAUUAACCUAUAUAGUAGACGGCAACUGUAAAACGUAUUUCCAGUAUGUUAAGAUUUAGCUUUAGGAGGGAGAAAGACAAGGAGUUUAAGCAUAUAGCUCAUGGUUUGAUCCCUGCUGCCUCCAUUGCUCCCAAACCAGCCGUACCUCGUACCCCUCCCCCUCGCAGCCCAAACCCUUCACCUGAGAGACCCAGGUCAGCUUUAGCAGCAGCCAUUUUAUCAUCCUCACUCACUGGACAGACAUGGGCCAUACCUCCUGCCCGGCUGAUGUCUUUAUCCGAGAGUGGUCAAUCAGAAUCCUUCACAUCUGAGCCAAACAUCAGCACAGCACUUUACACAAGAGACAGAUGGUCAGAAGAUUUGGUUAGCCGGCCACGUCUGUCCUCUCCUGACCAGUCAGAGGGGGAGUUGGAAGACAAGGAACAGGAAGUGGUGGAUGAAGAGGAUGGGGAGGAACAUGUCUACCACACUCUGGACCGAAGGCAGAAUUCUUCACUCACCGAAUCUGUCUAUGCUCUGCCACUAAAAACUAAGUCUGUCUUCAAGUCCUCUACACCCCUGCCAACUCAGACUUCUGGCAGAAGAGAGUCUUCACCAGAUUUCACUGAGGAGACCAGUGGCCAAUCCCCAGAACCCAAAGAGAAGAAAAUGUCUGUGAGGAAGACUCUUGAAAAUUGGAAAGAUGAUGUUCCAACAACACCGACCAUUUUCACUGCUGGUCACCCCAGGCAAGCAAGCCAAGCCAAAAGCCCCAAAGACCUCCGUGAGCUUCCUCCAGAACCCAGCAAUACAUACAGUGAACUGCGGAAGAAGGUAGUGAGGGACCGUCGGGAAAAGAACACAAGGAUGGUAGACAAAGAAAAGCUACUAGAGGAGAGACUGCAGCGCCUGGAACGGGAGAUUAGUGACAGCAAAGCCUUCUCAAACCAGAGGUCCUCUGCAGGCAGCCAAGCAGAGCUGCAGAAUUUGAGGCAACAUGCUCAGGAGCUGGUUGAUGAAAACGAUGCCCUCAAACUGACAGUUCACCGUCUGAAUGUGGAGCUGAGCCACUACCAGGCGCGGUUCAGACCACUGUCCAAAGAAGAGCACUCCAAAGUCAGUGGCUUACCAAACACGGGGUCUCCUCCUCCAUGGCUGGUCGACAUGAAGUAUUUAUCUCCUCUACUGCUGGCUUAUGAAGACAGAAUGAAUGAGAAAGAUGCCAUUCUGCAAACCACUGAGGAAAACAUGAAAAAGUUGCAUUUUCAAUUAGAGGAAGUCAUUAAAGAAAAUGAGAAACUCCAUGAUGAAAUUACCACGACCGGAGCGGUCAAUCAGAAAGACUGUUAUCAAAUUCAACAACAGGCCGUUCUGGUUUUGCAGGAGAACCAGGAUCUCAUCAAUCAACUCGAGGAGCAACAUGCUGAGGCCAAGGCCACUCACAGCAGACAUAACACUGAAGUGGCAAAAGUGUCUAAGAAACUGAUGUUAUUAGAAGUGGAAAACCAGCGUUUGGAAGGGGACCUGGAAGAAAGCAGGAGGGAAGUGCAGAAAAAUAAGAAGGAGCUUCAAGUUCUGCAGGCCCGCAUAAAGGAUGCAGUCACCUGGGACGAACACUGCAGCAUUGCUGGAAAACUGAGAAGACAACUGGAGCAGCAUGAGAGCAGAAGUAAGGGUGAAAUUGACAAACUGCUUCUGAGAGUAUCUAACCUCCAGGAGGAGAACAGGAUUCUAGCUCUGGACAAAGCCCAGCUAACUGCAAAAACAAGGACAAUGGAGGCUGAGCUGGAGCUCUCCAGGCAAUCCAACAGGAAGGCUGAAAGAAGAAUGAGUAUGUUGAAGCAACAAAAGGAAGAGUGUGUGUUAAAGGAGGAAAAGACACGGCACUACCUGGGAGCUGUCAUUUCUGUGGCAGAACACAUUUCCCAGGAGAGAGACCAACUAUUACACAUGGCAUCAUCUCUUCAGCAGGAAAAGCAGAGAUUCAUCAGCAGGAUUCUCAGUGGCACAGUUCGAUUUGGAAAACUACAAGAAGAAGUCAAAGUGUACCGGAGCCAGGCGUCAACCAGACUGGCAGCGUUGGAGGAGGCGGUGGAGGGGAGGACAGUGUCUUACCAGACGGAGAUCCUUCACCUGCAGACGCUGCUGAGAGAAAGACAGGAGGCAGAGGAGAAACUGCUGCAGUCCAAACGGGAGAUAGAGGAAGAGCUGGAGGUGGUGUGGGAGGCAGCAACAAGGGAGAACCAACAGAUGAGGGAGACUCUUUUGGAUUCCAAACUCACUGGGGACCUCCACAGUUGGCCUGCUCAUGCUCCAGAUGAGAUCACUACAUCCUCCCAGCAGCAGCAGCACAAGCAUGGGCUGGAUUUCUAUUGCUGAAAUACCUAGAGCAAUAACCUGCAGGUGUGCCUGUCUGCUCAAAAUAGACUGCUCAGAUAACUGUCAACUUGUUAUAGUCAUCAUGUCAGCCUGCAGACAUCCAGCAGCUUGCCUUUGUGUCAGUUUGUUGUUCUAUCUGAGUGAUACCUGAAAUCUGUCUGGUGGAUGGAAAUAUUUGCAAUACAUGGACAGAAACAGUAUUCACUUAACACAGUCAAGCUGGUGAGGAAGACUUGGCUUGGGCACGAGUAAUGGAAAGAAAAGCAUCUUGGAUAACUUUUAUUUCUAGAAGUGAAUGACUUUUGUAUAUUUUAGCAUAUAUUUGUAUUUUUAAAAUUAUUAUUCUCAGGGUUUUAUAAAACAUGCAAAGUAUAGUGCCAUACAGGAUAGUGAAGAGUUGCAAGUGGCACUCUGUGGUUAUUACUUUUUUUGUUGCUAAGCGAAGGUUGCCAUCUGCUGGACAAAUGUAGUAACAGCAUUUUUUACUGUCAUGUAUUUGCGGGUCUACAUUUUAUACAAUGAAUGAGAAAUGCUUUCCUGACACUGUUUGAAUCCCACAAAAUUAAAACGACAAAAGGGCACAAUUUUUUUUCAUGUAGAAUUGUAUAUACGCGGUUAUUUACAGACUUUUUACAGACCUUGUUUUGGACUUGCAGUUGUAUUUUCAUUACACAAACAGCAAUGUACUGACCCUUCAG